AGUCGUACUGAAAAACAACGGUGCAUUACCUACCUGCACCUCAGUACACAUUGUACCUAGUUUGAGCAAACACUGCCGUUACAAACAACUCCCUUAUCAGUAGUUGACGGAAAGCACCAUUGUUCACAUGGGGCUAUACUCUUACUGUUUACUAGUCCUCACAUGGACGAUGGCCUGUGCUAGAGUGCCGUUGUAUUUGAAAGAUCUAAAUGUUAACCCAGGGUAUAAAUCAGAAUGGAAACCGAACAUCGGCCAAAGGAACCCGACAGGCAUAGAGUUCGGUGAAAUUUCCCGCGGCUCGCUGCUGAAAAUAAUGGCAGAAUUCGCGCAGAACGUGGAGCAGCGGCUGCGCCCGCGCAUGCAGAGCGCGCGCUUCGAUGCGCACUUCGCCAACAACAAGUACACCCGGCCCUACAUAUACCCAAAGUUUGGCAGGAACAGCAUAAACUAGGAGUUCGUUUCAACUACUAUGUUUUACCCCAGCACCGUUAAAACUAAUCAACUAGACCGAAUGUCUAUUAAAUAUUAUUUUUAUCUAAACUACCUUUCUGCCUGAUUUAAGGACAUCUUUCAGAUAUUCCAGUUAACCUAAUCUGUGGGUAUAUCAUACCUGGUACG